AUGGACGACGCCAACGGCUCGCUCAAGCCGCGCCCCGGCUCAGCCGGUGCCGGCGUCAACGGCUCUCUCAGCAAGUCCCCUCUCAACGGCUAUGCCGUGCACAAGAGCACGCGGACAAAGCCUAAGGGGCCGGGGUUCUUCGCCCGCAGUUUCAGCAUCAUCGCUCGCCUCCUAACCUGGUACAUCCUCCUAACCCUCCUCUUCCGCUGUCCUGCCUCGCCGGCCGACCUCACUGAGACCUCGCCCCCACUUUGCGCGCCCUACUUCCACCUGCGCUCGCUCCUCGCCCCGCAUAUCGAGCCAUAUUACACAACGUACGCGGCCCCCCACAUCGCCGCCAUCCAGCCGUACUACGAGCAGAUCGACCGCACGGUGCUCACGCCCGCCUGGACGCUCGCCAAACGCCACGGCGCGCCGAGAUUGCAGCAGGCUCAAGCCUUUGGGCAGGAGCAGUGGGAUCGGCAUGUUGGACCGCAGGUCAUGAAAGUGAGGAAGGUCGCGCAAAGAGAGUAUGAAGAUAGGCUCAAGCCGCAUGUGGAGGGCGUUGUUACGAGGGUAGCACCGUAUGUUGAGCUUGCGAAGGGGAAUGCCCUCGACACAUAUCACGAGGUGGUUGUGCCUUUGUACCAGACGGUCCAGCCGCAUAUCGUGCAGGGCUACAAGGUGGCGGCGCAGUUUACGCGAGGCACGGUCGUGCCGGGUUUUGUGUGGGGAUGGAAUAGGACGUGGGUGUUCUUGGAGGGGACGGUGUGGCCGCAUGUGCGGGCGGUGUAUGUUGGGAGUGUGGAGCCGCAGUUGGUGAAGAUUGGAAAGAGACUUGGAAGGUAUAGUUCGGGGAAUAACGUUAACGGGAAGAAGUCGGUACCUGCUAGACCUGCGUCCGAGAUGAGUUCCUCUGCGAGCAAGACCGUUUCGGCGUUUCUGAAGCCGAGUUCGUCGGUUGCAUUGACUAGCUCGACCACGACCAUCCCGACGUCCUCGACUAGCGGCGAGACUACGUCGUCCGAGAAACCGCGGCCCUCCCGCGUCCGCAGCAUCGAGCACAUCCCCCCGCCGGAAGUCGACGAGAAGCUGGAGAGUACUGAUCCAGUUCGACGCACCGCUCGCGAAAUCGUCGCCGCAGAUUUGAAAGAUUGGCAAGAGCGCUACACCAAGGCGAUUGACGAGGGCGCUGCUGAAAUUGAAGAGCGUGUCAAGGAGAUCACCAAGCGCAUGAUUCGGCGCAAUGCGCGUGUAAUGGGUGUGUCGCUGCUCAAGGAUCUCAAGACGACGACGGAAAAGGAGCUCACUGCUCUGCGGCCGGCCAUUCUCGAAAUCAUCCGCGGCGUAAAGGAAUCAGGAGCUGCGCCUGAUUCAGCGCAAGACCCCGUAAUCCAAGUAAUCCGCCGCGCCGGCACCGCCAUCAAGACCAAAGCUCAAGAUGUGCGCGUCUGGCGCGAGAACUACGAGUCCGAAAUGCAAGCGGCCAUCACCAAGGCCGCCGAAACGCACUUCGCCAUCCUCGAGCACAUCCGGGACCUGGCCCUCCAGAAAAUCGGCAUGAAAUGGGCCUGGAUGGACGGCGUCACCUACAAGGACUGGGCAAAGUACCAUUUGCUGAAGACGAGGUUUGACGAGUGGAAGGCGGAUCUGGAGAAGAUGAUUGUUACACAUCCUAGUUUGGAGGCUGCGCAAAUCGAGGGGGCGGGGGUUGAGGACGAGGCGAUGGAGAUUGCUGCUGCCGCGGCGAAGGAGUUGGCUAGUGUGAAGGCGGCAGCGUUGUGGAAGUUGGAACGGGGCGAUGUGAGUGGGGAGUGGGAUGUUGAGGUGUUGGUGAGGAGGGAAGAGGAGGAAGAACGGGCGAGGGCUGAAGCUGAGGCUGCCGCGAGGGCUGCUGAGGAGGCUGCGAAAGCCCAGGAAGCAGAGACGGCUGAGGUUAAGCAGGGUACUUCGGAGGCAGAAAAGCCACUUGAUUUGGAGGAGAGGUUGAUUGAGUCGGAUGAGGCGGUUGCAACAGAGCCUGUCCCCCAAGCUACUACCCCUGAAGUCCAGCCGGAGGCUGAGUCAGCUCCCGAGCCUGAGUCCUCCGAGGCCCCUGAACCGGAACCGGAACCCGAAGUCGCAGAAAUGGCCUCCAGCGCCAUCUUCGAAACCCCCGUCAUAGCUGCCAACACAUCCGAUGUUAACGAGCCCAUCGCCCAGGAGCCAUCCGAGCUCCCUGUCGAGGAUCAGACCUCCGAGCAGACGUCUUUUGAAGAAGAGCAAGAAACCCAACAAGAGCGAGACGAGUCCGACCACCCCUCCUCCUUCGAGCCCUAUGCGACCAAACUAACCCGCGUCCCUUUCGGCGCCGCAGCCCAGCACGUCCCUCCUACUAGGCAGAAGAUCAUUCUUGAUGAUGAGUCUUCCGACUCCUCUGAUUCGGACUCCGACGAUGAAAGAGAACACUCCAAAAUGAAGAAGAACAACAAUCAACCUGAGGAUAUUGAGGCACUUCUUUCCUCACUACGCGCCUCCCUAACCAAGUCUUAUUCAUCAGCACUCUCCCGCGCCAGCGCCCAAUACGAUCAAGCCAUGAGCAUGAUCUCCUCACUCAAGGCUCAAGACUCCCGUACGAAGGGGUACGAGGCCGAUGCAGUGCUGGCGUCAAUUACCAAGGCGUAUAGCGCCGCCAUGGAAGCUGCUAGCGCGAAGAUGGAAGAGGUGUUGAAGCUUGUGCCAGAGGACGCGACAAAGCUGGAGGAGGUUGUAAGCAGGGUGGGGGAGAUGGCUGGCAAGGUUAGCAUAUUGCCUAUUAAGGAGGAAAAGGAGGAGUUGUGA